AUGGCUCGACAGGCUCAACGGCGUCGUGAAGGAACUCUACGCCAGCCUGACGUGCCCUAUGCCGUGCUGCCAGGUGGAGAAGAGCGCGCCCAGGGCGCGUCAGCACCGAGGCCGCCCAUCUACCGGCCGGGUCCGCCAUCCCACCCACCCGCCGCAGCGACACUGGCUGCUUCGCCGCCGUGCCGAGCCAGCGUGCCGCCUGCAGCCGCUGGCUCGCCAGCUGGCACCACUGCCACCGGCCCCGACCCGCCAGCACCAGCCACAGCCCAGCCGCCACCACCACCACUGCCCGCCUCACGAGAGGUCCUCGCGGCGUUCCAACCAGCCGGCCGAUAUAUGCAGCGCUGGAGCGACAAGUUCGCCCUUGUCGAGGGGCAUUCAGACGCCGCCCCGCCGACCCACAGCCGGCUGAUGCUCAAGACGCUGGUGCCCACGAGCAUCGGCGGCCAGCUGGGUGGACCCAUAAGGGACGAGCUCGUGGGGAGGCUCAAGAGGGAGGCGGAGGCCAUGAAGGCCAUGAAGGGACGGACAGGAGAUGGCGGCCUACCCAUCGCGGCCGAGGUGGUCGCCGAGGGCGACAUUCUAGAGGGCGAGGAGGUGCCGAUCCGCCUCAUGGGUGAGGAGUGGCAGAAGCACCGGGACGGCGGCUACAAGGGCAACCGCCCGGCCGUAGCCAACACGCGUGUCGAGGCGCGCCUCUACGGCCACUUCCUGCUGUCGAACUUCGCCGGUGAGUCAGACAAUGAGAGAGGGCCACAGCCAAACGAAAUCACAUCACGUGUAAAUCUAUGUAUUUCACUGCCUGUCUGUCUGUGUUGGUUUCAUUCGUUCAGCACUCCUGCGGGAAGCCACCCGAGCAGAGCUGGAGGAGCAGCAGCCCCCACUUCCACCCCCACCCCCACCCCUGCCCCAACCGUCAAGGGCACCACCAGCUGCCGCGUCUGCUGCUGCCCCAGAGGGCCACCGACACAGCCACCCAGUGGACCCGCCGGCCACCGACACACUGCCCCAGGCCCCCAAGCCACAGCACCCACCCCGACAGGCCCUGAUCCCGGACGAGGACGAGGACUACGUUCCGUCGACCAUCCUGCGUGCGCGUGCCGAAAAGGCCGCCAAGGAGGCCAAGAUGGCGCGGGCGAGGGAGGCGGAGAGUGGGGAUGAGGGAGAGGAGAAGGAGACAGCAGCAGGCAGAGGUGCGCCCUGGCGGGCUGUGGACCGGCAGCGUCAACCUCACUGACAUCCUCCACAUCCGCUGCGGCCGCCUGAAGCAUCCGAGCGUCAAGUCGCGGGCCACGGCAUGGAAGCUGCAGCUCAUCAAGCAGACGAUCGACCGCCUCAACCUCAGCAAAGGCGCCUACCGCGAGCUCAUCGUGAAGGGCAAGUUAGGUAGGUGCACAUUUCGCACACGAUACCCCUGCACUCAUGCAUUGUCCCCAUGUCUCUUUAUUUUCAGGGAGUUCUCAAUCGCUGUCUGCAUUUUAUAUUUCCUGUGUCUCUUCAUCUGAGAUCAACGAGGGAAUAUGCCGGUCCCCCGUUCGUCGAGCCGCCGAGUCGCCGAUGGAAAGCCAAGCUUGUCGUCUCUCCCGCCACAGACGACAUCAGCCGAAUUUCACAGGCGAUUGCGCACUUCGCUACGUGGCGACUCGCCAUCUUCCACGACGACGAUGAGGCGAAGUGGUGUGUCCUCGAGGUACCCACACACUCACACACAUGGCCAUACACGGACGCAGAAGUGAAAGGCAGGCAGGUGCACGUUGCCCUUCCUUUCUCUUCAGAUCAGCGAUGAGGAGGAGAGGCCGGCCCCCUGCCGUGGUGGGAGAGGAUGGGCCUCUCACAGCUGGCGAACCCCCGAGAGUUGUCAUGGCGACACCGCUCAAGGGACUUGGCUGGAGGUAGGUGGCUGGCCGGUACAUCAAGUCGAUGAUACAGACAGCAUCACUCUUGCUUCGUGUGCUGUGUUGUGUGUGUGCGUGUAGACUUGAGUGACUACUGGGUGGAUAGUACACCGCCAUGAGCGAGAGGGGGACAUGGUGAGAAGCGGGAACGGACACGUCAUUACGAUGGAUUCAUUGUUCUGCUCCGUCAUCUUUUCCCCGACAGUUCCUGUUCCCGGACGAGGACGAGGACUAUGUUCCGUCGACCAUUCUGCGUGCGAGUGCCGAGAAGGCCGCCAAGGAGGCCGAGAUGGCGCGGGCGAGGGAGGCGGAGAGUGGGGAUGAGGGGGAGGAGAGGAGGCAGCAGCAGGCAGAGGUGCGGCCAGGCGAGCUGCGGACCGGCGGCGUCAACCUCACUGAUAUCCUCCACAUCCGCUGCGGCCGCCUGAAGCACCCCAGCAUCAAAUCGCGGGCCACGGCACGGAAGCUGCAGCUCAUCAAGCAGACGAUCGAGCGCCUCAACCUCAGCAAAGGCGUCUACCGCCAGCUCAUGGUGUCGUGCCUGUCGUCGCUGGAGGGCAUCCAUGGGGCUGAGUGGGUGCACGGGGAUACCAAUGGCCAGAAUGCCAUGGUCGUGUGGGAUCCCGUCACCCGCCGCCUCGACAGCCCGUGGAUCGACUUCGAGGUGGCCAGGCCGACCACCGAGGCCGAGCAGCCCCUGACGACCACUCCACCCACACUGUGCCACGUGGAGCCGGUGGCGGUUCCCCCUCCCCACUGCGACCCAACGGCACUGAGACGUGUGGCCAAGGUGAUAGGGUGGUCAUCGACCAGAGCAAGCCCAGCACGGUCGCAACGGCAGCACCGCAGUCGCCCCUCUAUGGUGCCUUCAGCCGCAUGGCGGACACCUACACCAUCUGCUCGCUUGCCGCCGCCAUCCUCAUGGGUCCCCACAUGGACCACCCGAGCGGCCCCUCGCGCAACCACGUCAUCUUUUCCCCCGCGACCUUCACGGGUCCCUUUAUGGACCCGCCGAGCGGCCCCUCCGACACCCACCCCUUCUGUGGGCAGGAGCUGCCCUUCUUCCCGGGGGCACAUGGGGCCCGCAGCAGCAGCAGCAGAUCUCUGUACGGCCGCCACUUUGAGUCGGUGAAGGAGGAGGAUGCGCUCAUUAAGGAGGCCAUCGAGAUGGGGGGCGAGGGGGGGAAAAGGGCGCUGCACGAGAUUAACGACGAGAAGCCGACGAAGCGCCACAAGUGGCUGGUGGGGGCGGUGGAGCAGCGGCUCGUGUGGGAGGAGCAGAGGGGAGAGGCGCGCGACGAGGAGGCCGUGCAGGACCUCAGGAUGGCUCUGGUGCUCGUCAAGGAGGAGAUGUGUCCGGACGAGGGCGAGAGGCGCCCACUGCGUGAGAUAAUCCAGUAAGUAAGGAAGGCACGCACUCGCACAUCCACUUGACAGCAAGCAGCAUGUAUCAUGUGUCUGUGCGGGUCUGUGUGUCUUGUUCCUGCUGCAGGCACUGCCACGAGUUCCUCUUAGUAGUCUAG